AUGCAGGCCAAGAAGAGGUACCUGCUGGUGUCUCUAGGGGCCUGUCUUCUCCUGCUAGCCUACCUGUGGGGACUGCAGAUCGGGGAGUUCCAGCAGCAAACCCAGCCCAGCCACCAGUCCUACCACCUCCACACACCCCAGCAGCUGCAGUCUGUCUACCCAGCCCCACAGCCCCACAGCCCCCCCGGCCAGCCCAGAGCCCCCCAGCGCUGGCCAAACUGGUCCGGGCUCCGGCCCCUCCGGAGCUAUCUCCUGGAGGACGAGCAAGGGGAGGACAGCCCCCUCCCUCUCCACCAGCACUCCUCCCCGCGCGAGCGCAGGGAGAUCCGCAACAACAUCUACAAGAGCCGGCGCUGUCGCAUGGAGACAUGCUUCGACCGCAGCCUCUGCCAGGCGGGCUUCAAGGUCUACACCUACCCUCUCCUGAAGGGCGACACCAUCUCAGACAGCUACCAGAAGAUCCUCACCUCCAUCCAGGAGUCACGCUUCCACACGCCCGACCCGGCCCAGGCUUGCCUCUUCGUCCUGGGGCUCGACACCCUGGACCGAGACCAGCUCUCUGGCCAGUACAUGCAGAACCUCCGGGCUCGGAUACAGAGCCUGCCCACCUGGAACGACGGGCGGAACCAUCUGAUUUUCAACCUGUACUCUGGCACCUGGCCCGACUACACUGAGGAUCUGGGCAUGGAUGUCGGUCAGGCCAUGCUGGCUAAGGCCUCUGUGGACAUGGAUAACUUCAGGCCGGGGUUCGACAUCUCCAUCCCCCUGUUCUCCAAGGAUCACCCUCUCAGGGGCGGGGUCAAGGGUCACCUGACCCUGACCCACCUCCCUCCGGAGAGGAAGCACCUCCUGGUGUUCAAAGGCAAGCGCUACCUGACCGGCAUCGGUUCGGAGACGAGGAACGCGCUCUACCACAUCCACAACGGACAGGACAUUGUGCUUCUGACCACCUGCAAGCACGGCAAGGACUGGGAGAAGCACAAGGACUCCAGGUGCGACCGAGACAACGAAGAAUACUCAAAGUUUGACUACCAGGAACUGCUCCAUAACUCAAGUUUCUGCCUGGUGCCAAGAGGACGUCGGCUGGGAUCGUUCCGCUUCCUAGAAGCUCUGCAGGCGGCGUGCAUCCCUGUCCUCCUCAGCAACGGCUGGGAGCUGCCCUUCUCCGAGGUCAUCGACUGGAGCAAGGCCGCCAUCUUGGGGGACGAGAGGCUGCUGUUGCAGGUUCCCUCCAUCACCCGAUGGGUGGAGCCAGCCAGGAUCCUGUCCCUCAGACAGCAGACCCAGUUCCUGUGGGACGCCUACUUCUCCUCUGUAUCCAAGAUAGUCUCGACCACUCUGGAGAUCAUCCAGGACAGGGUCCACUCCCAUGUCUCCAGGACACGUCUGAUGUGGAACUUUCUCCCCGGCGCUCUGUACGUUCUCCCCCAGUUCUCCUCUGAUCCCUCCCUCUUCCCCUUCUACUACGCUCUACUGGGUAAAAAUCCGUCCCAGGAAUUCACAGCUGUGAUUCAGGCGGUGACACCGCUCCAGGCCCAGCUCAACCCUGUGGUCAAACUCAUCAUCGCCGUCGCCAAGUCCAAGUUCUGUGCACAGGUCGUGGUGCUGUGGAACUGUGACAAGCCUUUACCACCCAGGAACAAGUGGCCCUCUACCAGUGUGCCUCUCAGUGUCAUCGAGGGACAGACCAAGACCAUGAACAGUCGUUUCUUUCCUCAUGAUGUCAUCCUAACAGAUGCUGUCCUCAGUCUGGACGAGGACUCUGUCCUUUCAACCAAUGAGGUGGACUUUGCCUUCAGCGUGUGGCAGAGUUUCCCAGAGCGCAUUGUGGGCUACCCCGCCCGGAGCCACUACUGGGACAACACCAGAUCCCGCUGGAGCUACACCUCCAAGUGGACCAACGAAUACUCCAUGGUGCUGACCGGGGCAGCCUUCUACCACAGGUACUACCACUACCUGUACUCCCACUACCUUCCCUCCAGCCUCCUCAACAUGGUGGACCAGAUGGCCAACUGUGAGGACAUCCUGCUCAACUUCCUGGUCUCGGCUGUAACCAAGCUGCCACCAAUCAAAGUCACCCAGAAGAAACAGUAUAAGGAGACCAUGAUGCAGCAGGGUUCAAAGGUGUCUCGCUGGGCCGACCCGGACCACUUUGCCCAGCGCCAGACUUGUAUGACGUCGUUCAGCGCCUGGUUUGGGUUCAUGCCUCUGCUCCACUCCCAGCUUAGACUGGACCCCCUGCUCUUCAAAGACCAGGUGUCCAUUCUGAGGAAGAAAUACCGUGACAUUGAGAGGCUCUGACUAAACACACACACACACACACAACAGGGUGAGGACACCCACGUGCGAUGACCCACUUGUGAACUCCCUGGGAGGUACCGUGUGUGAGGUGUGUGUUCGCCUGUCCCCCUCCGGACCGGGUCUCGACCGAACGAGCUAUUCAUCGGAGGUGGGGUUGGACCUUACUUAGACCCCUUGGGUCAGAUCUCUCUGUGGUAAAAGAGAUUUGGGAUCUUGAAGUGGAAUCUGGAUUCACGGCCCAAUCUGUGGACUGUGAGGUUGUGUGAUUGAAACCUCCCUCUCUGCGCAUCCUCCUCUCCACUUUGACUCACGUUUGAAAAAACAGCAAUGCCUUUUUAUAACCAGCCUGUUCUCACCGUCAGUCAAGUCAGUCUGCCGACUACGCCGACACAAUAUUCAGAAUCUGUAUGACUUUUAUUCUGAAAUAUGCAACAGCCAGACCGGGUUCUACACAGGGUCUUGGACCCGGCUGGAGAACUCAAAACACUCCGAACGGUUACUGUCCGACUGGUUCUCUCUCUCCCCACCUCCUUGCCCUCUCUCGUUCUCUUGGUUCCCUCCCUCUAU